AAAAAUUACACAAAAUAUAGAUUAAUGUCUUCCGAUCUUAGACCAAUUGUCUCGUUUGAAGUGGUGCCUGAACAUUGUAUUCGAAAUGAUCAACUUGAGCUGAUUUUGGGCACCCCGAUAAACCAGGUUAUUAAUGGAAUCCAAAACGUCUACAGAACAAUUAAAAAUGUCGAAUUAACUUAUUGUACAAAGGAACCUUUUGGACGUGAUAUAACAAUUACUCUUCAAAAUAAUGGUAUUCGAAUGUAUUUUGAUUCGCACAGUCAAGUAUUAAGAAUGAUUGAAUUAUUCGACUUUUCACAUGUUACUCUACACUAUUGUCAUAAUGUAUUUUCAUCCCCGGAGGAGCCUGCAGAUGUUGGAAAAGUUGAAAAAUGUUUUGGGGCGACAGUUCCUGGAGGCGUCUCGUUCUGUUUCCCAGCCAAAGAAAGCUCUUCAGUUCAAGCUAGUUAUGCUCACGGUCUAAGUUCGCUCAGUUUUGCAAGUUCAGCACUUCCACAACUCGAAAGAAUGACUUUAUUUAACGGAAUAUCUCCUGCUAAAAUGAAAAUUAUUUUGGUAGAAAAUUUAAAUUCGGAAGAUGGACGUUUAAUUGGACUUAAAAUUAGAUUUAAAAUUGAAGAAGUGACUGAUCAUUCGGUAGAUGAACUUCAAUUGGUAGAAAUUGAAAGACCAAUAUUUUUUAACGAUACACAAGAGGCUGUAAUGACUAAAUUGGGUGCUCCUUCAAAAAUUUAUUACAAAUCUGAAGAAAAAAUGUUAAUACAACGAAGUACUACAGGCUCGGAAAGAUUAAAUGAUGGAGAAGAUGACAAGGCCGAUUUCUUUUUUAAUUACUUCUCGUUGGGAAUGGAUUUACUUUUUGACAUUGAAACUCGCCGAUUAGUCAAAUUUGUUUUACAUACAAACGUCCCAGGCCAUUUUGAUUUUGGUAUUUAUGAUAGAUGUGAAUUUUUAUUAAAAGCUGAAACAAAAUCGAUGGAAGAAUUAAAUAUUGGGACAGAAUCGAAACUUGAAUCUUUCCGUUCACUUUUUGAUCACCAAACCAAUUCAAAUAUUACAUCAGGCAAUAAUGAUUCAUUCAGUGGUCCUGUAGUACUAAACAAAAGUUCGUCUGAAGGGGAAAAUCCUUUUGGAUCGUCAUUUUGUUAUGGAACUGAUCAAAUGAUUUUUGAAGUUUUGGAUAAUGGGCACAUUGCUAGUGUUGUGCUUUUUGACCCUUUAUUAGGGCCUUGA